UUCAGUGCACAUACUCCCUCACAACCCUAACCAGCUCCAGGGGAAAUCCUGGCACACGCCCAUUAUCCUGCAAGCACCCAAAACUCACUAGUUUCACACAAAAUGAACAAAGUCCAACCUCACUGCACAGUUCUAGCCAAGCUAGACCUACUGACUGCUGAAUAACCUUCCAGAACAGGUGAAAACAUUAAAAUCUGCCCUCCUGAUUAAAAUGGGUUCUGAAGAAGAAAUAAAGCAUUAUGUAAAUGGAAGGGAUGAUAAUAUUGCUGUAUCAUAUCAGAAUUAUGGAUCCGAAGGCAAAUGCAGUGAGGACAAGAGGAAACCUGAAAAAAUGAAUAUGGUCAGUCCAUUAACAGUGUUUCGAUACUCUGACCGGCAGGAUAAACUCCUGAUGGCGCUGGGCACUACCAUGGCAGUACUCCAUGGAGCAAGCCUACCCCUUAUGAUGAUUGUCUUUGGUGACAUGACAGAUUCUUUUAUUGCUUCAGAAAACAUCACUUAUCCAGCAAAUUUUUCUUUAUUGAACAGCACAUUGGUGAAUUUUUCCAUGGAAUUUUUUUCUUCUCUUAUUUUGGGAGAAUUGGAAGAAGAGAUGACCAGAUAUGCUUAUUAUUAUUCUGGAAUAGGAGCUGGUGUUCUUUUUGCUGCCUACAUUCAGGUUUCGUUUUGGACACUAGCUGCUGGCAGGCAAAUAAAAAGAAUCAGACAAGAAUUUUUUCAUGCUGUAAUGAGACAGGAGAUUGGAUGGUUUGAUGUAAAUGAUGUGUGCGAACUGAACACAAGAAUUGUAGAUGACAUCUCCAAGAUUAAUGAAGGAAUAGGGGAAAAAAUAGCAAUGUUCUUUCAGGCAGUGGCUACUUUUUUCACUGGAUUUAUAGUUGGUUUUACAAAAGGCUGGAAAUUAACACUUGUGAUCCUGGCACUCAGCCCUGUUCUGGGAUUCUCCUCAGCUCUCUGGGCAAAGAUAAUUUCCACAUUCACUAGCAAAGAGCUAACUGCGUAUGCAAAAGCAGGAGCUGUGGCAGAGGAAGUUCUGGCAGCAGUUCGAACUGUGGUAGCAUUUGGAGGACAGAGAAAAGAAACUGAAAGAUAUCAAAAAAAUUUGGAAGAUGCCAAACGUAUUGGUAUCCAGAAAGCUAUUUCAGCCAAUAUUUCCAUGGGUAUUUCUUUCUUUUUGAUAUAUGGAUCCUAUGCACUGGCCUUCUGGUAUGGAACCAUUUUGGUACUCUCUGAUGACUAUACAAUUGGAAAAGUCUUUACAGUCUUUUUUUCUAUAUUAGUUGGAUCUUUUAGUGUUGGACAGGCUGCACCAAGUAUGGAAGCAUUUGCCAAUGCGAGAGGAGCCGCCUAUGCAAUAUUUAGUAUUAUAGACAAUGAACCUCAAAUUGACAGUUCAUCCAAUGCUGGCUAUAAACCAGACAACAUUAAGGGGAAUUUGGAAUUCCAAAAUGUUUACUUCAGUUAUCCUGCUAGGCCAGAUAUUAAGGUAUUAUGCAUGGAACUUAUACAGAUUUCCUUUAAGAUAAUUGUCUCUAGUAUGAAAGAAUUUACAUCUUUCUUGCAAGCUUAUAUGUAAGUAAAUAUCAUGAAGAGAAUUUAUCCUUCUCACUUCAGUGAACAGCAUUUGGCUGAAAGCUGAAAUUGCUGCAGUGUUUCCAUUUGAAUCUUCAGGUUUUGGACCAGGCUCUUAACUUUCAUCUUACUCCCAGAGCGAGCUUCCCUGUAAAUGUCCCCCUCUGUAACGAGUUUAUUUCCAUGUAAAAAACUUUUAAAUCAAAGACUGAUUUCUCAGAUAUCUUGAGGGUUUGAAAGAAAUUGUUUUUUGGUUUUCAGCAUUCUGCAUCAUAGCAUCAUGUAGUGCACUGGGCCUUCUAAGUUUAGAACUUCCUCACAUUGGCUCCCUUCUGGGUUACUUGUAGUGAAAUAAUGUGAAGUUUUAUGCAAAUAUACAAAAGCAAAUACUUGUUUUUUAUUGACAACUGAAAAAGAAAUAUCCAAGAAAAUGUCCCCUACUGUCUCAUUACACAGCAGUUUACAAAUCUUUCUUCUUUUGGAGAAUCUUCUUUUAGAGAAAGCUACAGAGAAAAGCUCCUGUAGGCCAACAGCAGUGUAAGUGGGAAAGAAAAGUUCUUUCUUGUGACUGUUGGCACCUUCAUCACCUCCCUGAGGCUGAGUAGUGGAGGGAGGAGAAAGUACAUCUGCAUGGAAAGCAGACCUUCACUUUUAUAACACAUGUGAAAUGUUGAAUUUUGAAGUUAGCAGUAUAAGGAACAGUAUCUUCACAAUAUGCAGUGAAACUACAAAGUCCCCCCUUCCACGGUUUCACAUGCAGUUUUUCCCUUUCCUUGCUAGAGCUCUCCUACAAAAUUUCCCAGAAUUUUUGGAUGAUCAGCAGUCUAAUUCCAUGGCAUUAUCUACUUCACAGAUCUUCUACAAAAGAAUUAAACGUUUCCAAUGCUAGUUCUAAUAUCUUGAUAAUAUCUUGAAAGUUAAGAAUUCUAUUGGUGGAGGCUGCUGUCAUUUUUAAAUGUUGAGUGAGCCUGUUCAAACUUAGGCAAUCACAUUACAGCAAAUGUUAUGACUGCAGACAUAUAUGAACUUUAUCAGUAUUAUAGUCACUGAUAGAACAGAAACGGGCCACAAUGAGAGAAAAAUCACUAAAGAUGUUUAAUAAUAUAUCUGUGGAAUAGAGCCUGAUUCCAAAUGAAGAAUACAGGGAUAUCUCUGCUCAGUUUGGUAAAUGUGAAGGACGUUUCACUGGAGUCUUUAAAGUUUCUGCAAGUUUACUCUGAUGUUUUACAUCUUGUUUGGCUUUUGGCAACC